AUGGACACUGGGCGUGCCGCUCACAUCACCUCCUCGCACUACUCCUCUCCUCAGAACCUUCCUGGCGCAGCAACCAAGAGAGGUGCAACCCUGGCGGACACGCUUGGUGGGAUCGACGGGGUGUGCAUGGAGGGGCGACGGGCGGCGAGAGGGGAAGUGCAUUUCCCGUGGAGGGCGCGGCUGGUGGUGGCGCUUGGGUGUGCGGAGGCGCUGGCCACCAUCCAUGACGCCAACUUCGUGCACCGCGACUUCAAGGCCUCCAACGUGCUGCUCCGAGAGGACCUCACACCAGUGCUGGCAGAUUUCGGGUUGGCAAAGGCCGUGACGGACUGGGCAACGCACGUGAGCACGCGGGUGAUGGGCAGCAUGGGGUACAUGGACCCCAUCUACUUCCAGACAGGCCAACUGAGCCGCAAGUCUGACACGUAUGCGUUCGGGGUCUUCCUCCUCGAGCUCGUGUCGGGCUGCCUCGCCCUCGAGGAUCGCUUCCAGGAGCUUCGCAAGCUGGUGGUGGCCAAGACCUUCCCGGACCCCGAGCUGGUGGUGGACCCGCGGAUAAGCGGCGAGUGGACCAAGAAGCAAGUGUACAUUGUGUUCACGCUCAUUCGAUUCGCCAUCUUCUUCGAUUGGGAUCACCGGCCGAGCAUGUCGGUGAUGCGGGAUAAGCUCCAGACGAUUGUGGAUCAUGAGGCGUGA